AAAAAAGUAAACCGCGUCUAGAGAAUUCCCGGGACACCACGCGGCACACGGAGGUAGCUCGCCCAAGCGCAACUCAAUCCCCCGCUUCUCUUCCCCAAAUUCUCAAAUCGCGAGCUCGGAACACUUGCAUCCUACUCGGAUCGGAUCGCCCAUUCGCCCGUCCCUCGCUCCUCGUCGGGAGCUUCAGGUUCGAGAGCUUCAGUACAAGAUGCAAAGGGGAAGGGGCGGGAGAGGUGGUCUCUUUGGUUUUGGGGACCCUUUUCCUGCUUUUGGCGGCUUUGUACCACCUGGGAACCUUAUGUCCAGUUUCUUUGGUGGGUCAAAUCCCUUUGAUGAUCCCUUCUUCACCAAUCCCUCUGGUUCUAUGAUUGGACCUAGCCUGUUUGAGCAAAGCAUUUUUGGUUCAAGCAUGUUCCCUCCACACAGAGCUCUAAAUGUAGGAGGCUUCCAGCAGCAAGGUCCUGAACCAAGCAGGCCAAAAGGGCCGAUUAUUGAGGAGUUGCCUUCAGACGACGACGAUGGUGCAGAUGCGAAUGAACAUGAUGAGAAGAAGAGAACUAACUCUAUGAAACAUCCAAGGAUUAGCAAAGAGCCAUAUGUGGAGGACUCUGGUGAUGAAGUUCAAGAUAAUAAGAGACCCAGACAUGAGAAAUUUGGGAAAGAGUAUGUCAGGGCUGGCACAUCAUAUCAACAGCCACAGACCUAUAUGUUUCAGAGCUCAACUCUUACAUAUGGUGGUUCAAAUGGGGCAUGUUAUAUGUCUUCAACGACUAGGAGGAGUGGUGGAGAUGGGGUUACAAUGGAAGAAAGUAAGGAAGCAGACACAACAAGUGGUAAAGCAACUCACAGGAUCGCACGUGGCAUUGGCAAUAAGGGUCAUGCACUGACUAGAAAACUGAACUGCGAUGGAAAAGUUAACACCAUGCAAACUUUGCAGAACUUGAGUGAAGAUGAGCUUGCUGGGUUUGAGGAAUCAUGGCAAAGGAAUGCAGGGCCUUGUCUGCCUGGUUGGGAUCCCAGAUUAAACAUGCUUAACAGUGCAGGAACUCUUAGCCCUGGCAUCCAAGAAGAUAAUGGAAUGUCUGCACUUCCAACACCCAAUGAAAUGUUUGCUCUUCCAGCACCCGAACAAUAUCGUGGCUCCAUUUUGUCGAGGAUGAAGAGGCGCCCUUUGAAUGGUUCAUCCCAGGGCAGUCCCCGUCCAUGAUUUCCUCGGGAAUUUAGGCAGAACUGUGUUCCCGGUUUGAAGAAAAGGAAGAGGAUGAAUCGCUAGCUCACUGCAGCUAUUCAGAAAACUAUGUCUACGUUUUACUCAGCUUAGCUUAAAAGGUUCUGUUGCUAUUGUUGAUGUAUAUUGUUGUUCCCUUCAGCAUGGAUGCGCACGCAAUCAUAAAAAAUGUAACUUCUGUUUACAAGAA